AUGGAUCAAUCAAAUAUUGAAGAGAAACGGGCUCAAGAAGAAAAAACAGCGGUUGAUGAAGAAAUAGAAACCCAGGAGAGCUCAGGCUUAGGAACCCAGAAAAGUUCGGUCUUAGAAACCCAGGAAGUUCCUGAUGAAAAUAUGGAGCAACAAGAAAACGACUCAUUUGAAAGUGACAUCGAAUAUGGCUCAGAUAUUGAAGAAAAUUCUGAAUUAAACUGUGAUAAAGAUGAAUCAGAAGAACAUUUAGAUAAAUUCACAGAAAACGCAAAUAUAAGCAAUUUGAAAACUGGUUCUGAACUUCAAAGUGAUUUUCUUAUGUCUCCCAUGCCAACAACUUCCUAUAAAAUGAAGAAUGAAGAUGAUUUAAUUCGAAGCAUCUUUUCUCCAAGUAUUGAUGCUCGUAAUCCGAAAAAUUCAAUCUCUCAUUUGGAAAUUCUUCCAACUGAAGAAGAAAUCAUUCAGGAUACUCCACAAGUCACUAAAUCACGUAAACGGAAGAACGAAGGAGAGCCAUCAAGUAUUCCUAAAGCAUCAGUUAAAAAAGGAAAGCUUCCAAUCUCUUCAGAACUUUCUUGCGAACCUGUCACCAUGCCAAUAGCAAAAGCUCUAAAGAAGCCUACUAAAAGAAAGCCGAAGAAAAAGAAGAACAAAUCAAAUGUAUCGAUGAAAGCCAAACCUAAAGCCAAAAUAGGAAAACGUAAGCCGGCUAAGAAGACCAAGGAACCUGUGCGCCGAUCAACUAGAAUUGCAGAGCAAAAUAAACUGAAGGAAGCCCAAAACUUAAUUUCGCAGACAAAGAAUAUGAAUGAAAAAUUGAAAAACCGUCGUCGUUCAAAGAAACCACCACCAAAGUCUAAAUCUAAACUUGCUUCAAAAUGA